AUGCGCACUAUUUAUGGCUUGGAGACGGUUUGGAACUCAACUUGCGAGAUAUUUCGUUGUCUAUCCACGAUUUCGUUGUUGCGAAAAUGAAUCCAGAUUGAUUUCUACUACAUCUAGACUUUCCAGCCGUCUACUCGACAAACCACGACUACUAGACUUUCACAGUAGAUCCACAAGCACUCUAUCAUCCGGGAGAGCGACACUGGCGUUUCAUGGGGCAACACAGAGCUCACUCAUUACCGGCUUUUUGACUCGACGCGGUGUCGUGAGAUACAGCAAGAACAAAGGCAAGAUGAAGUCUGUCAAGGCCGUUGUGAAGAGAUUCAAGCGGACGGCACACGGCAAACUGAAGCGCUGGCGAGCGAACUGUCAUCACUACUCGCUGAGGAAGAACCGGAAGCAGAGAAAGAAGAACAAGAAGGGAGUGUUCGUGACAGAUCCACAGCUAAAGCUAUUGAACAAGAUGCUAAGCAAUAGAUAGGUAUAGACUAUAAUUGUAUGUACUAAAAUUCUAUAGACUCGUGCCCAGUACAGUGUACAUCAAGCCAAUGACACGUGUGAAACCACAUGGACGCAUGCACACGUGAUAGCUAGCGCGCGUGGUGUAGCAAAUGAAACACGCGACAGCUAGCCCACGCGAUGUAGCCAAAGUCUCGUAACGUGUGCACACGUGACAGCUAGCGCACGUGGAGUAGGAGAACUGGGCACGAGU